AUGGACACACAUAGCAACAGCAAAGAAAAUUCAACCCCUUCGUCCAAGAAGACUCCCCGCCUAAUCAUACAUGGGCCCAAGAUGUCCUCCACCCCUGAACUAUCUCAAUCACAAGAGGCAUACACUCCUCGACUAUCGGAUAGCAGCCCCGCGAAAGUUCGGCCGCCUGUAUUCCGGGCAAGAUCGUCAAUACCAUCUUCCAUUUCCCCAGGGGAGUUUGGACGUCAAGGCGUAGUUGCAGCAUACAGUUCGCGUCUCAACCCAUAUGCCUUGCAUCCCGGAGAAUACAAGCUUCUGAGGGAGCAUAUCACGCUUCCGCAAGUUUCGGUCUAUCUCAGCAUCCGAAACGCAAUCCUUCGACUAUUUACGAGAAAUCCUUUGGUUAGUGUAAACCUAGUGGAGGCAGUGGGCUGUGCACAAGACGCCCGCUACUUCAAUAUGGCCAAAGUCGCAUAUUACUGGCUGAUGAGGAACGGUUACAUCAAUUUCGGCUGUGUAGAAGUGCUGAAUACUGCCGGCCCAGUCUCUCGAACCAAAUCAAAGGCAACUCGACGCCGAACAAUCGUCGUCAUUGGGGCUGGUAUGUCUGGGCUGGGUUGCGCUAGGCAGCUUGAAGGGCUUUUUGCACAACUUGGAAGUCAAUGGACGAACGAUGGGGAGAAACCACCUAGGGUCAUUUUACUAGAAGGUCGAAACCGCGUCGGUGGCCGAGUGUACUCUCAUCCGCUACGGCAGCAAACAAAUUGCGAUCUGGCUUCCGGUCGCCGCUGUACAGCCGAGAUGGGUGCUCAAAUCAUCGUUGGCUUUGACCACGGGAAUCCAAUGAAUGCCAUCAUUCGUGGACAGCUUGCGAUACCUUACCAUGUCUUGAGGGACAACACUAUCUUGUAUGACCAUGAUGGAACAGUGGUGGAAAAGAGUCAAGACGUGCUCGUAGAAAGGCUGUACAACGACAUCCUUGAUCGAGCGAGCGUGUACCGCAACAAACCCGUGCCCCUUCGAACUGUCGAAGGCGACCGAAAUCUGAUAUGGUUCGGAAAAGAUACAGGUGGUGAGGCUGGCCCAAUGAUUUCAGCGCUCGAAGAUUCCGAUGCACGAGAAAAUUCCACUGGGAUCAAUGCAACUGUCGAGGACAAGCCGUCAUCUGGCGUAGAAAAGCUGGCUGGACGUGCGUACGUACUCACUAAUGGGAUAAAUUCGGACAUGUCUGCUGCAGAAGCCGCCCACACUAUGGGCUGGCAGGUCAAGCCGAACGUAUCACUUGGCCAGUCGAUUGACUUGGAUCCUAUUACAAAGUCAUCCGAACAUCCGACUUUGGGAGAAACAAUGGACGACGCUAUUAGGCAGUAUGGGGAUCUUCUGAAUAUUACGCCUAGAGAUAUGCGACUGCUCAAUUGGCACCAUGCAAACCUCGAGUACGCCAAUGCUGCUACUAUCGGUAGUCUCAGUCUGAGCGGUUGGGAUCAGGAUAUAGGAAACGAAUUUGAGGGCUUCCAUUCACAGAUCAUCGGCGGUUAUGUGCAAGUCCCACGCGGUCUGUGGCAGUGCCCUACGAAGCUGGAUAUCAGAUUCAACCAUGCCGUCAAAUCUAUUCGCUAUAGCUCAGAGGAACACACAACAGUCCCCGUGAGAGUCGAAUGUACAAACGGGGAGGUCUUCGAAGCAGACAAACUGGUGAUAACUACUCCAUUGGGCGUUCUGAAGGAGGGUUCGAUCAAAUUCGAACCACCUUUACCAGACUGGAAGGCUUCGGUUAUAGAUCGUCUUGGCUUUGGACUCCUCAACAAGGUUAUUCUGGUCUACGACACCCCAUUCUGGGAAGCCGAUCGCGACAUGUUCGGCCUCCUCAACGAAGCAGAAAUACAAGAAAGCCUAAAUCAGAAGGACUACGACUCUCGACGAGGCCGGUUCUAUCUGUUCUGGAAUUGCAUCAAGACCAGUGGACGGCCAAUGCUUGUUGCGUUGAUGGCUGGCAAUUCGGCUCAUCAUACAGAGCAAACCGAUAAUGACAGCCUGAUACAAGAGGUCACCAGCAGGUUGGCCAAGAUGUUCGCUCCAGCAAAAGUGCCACUCCCUUCAGAGACGAUUGUCACACGUUGGAAGAAGGAUCCGUUCGCACGGGGAAGCUACUCAUACGUAGGCCCAUAUACUCAGCAAGGAGACUACGACAAGAUGGCUCAAUCGCAUGGACCGCUGCACUUUGCGGGAGAAGCCACAUGCGGAAGCCAUCCUGCCACGGUCCACGGCGCGUAUAUUUCGGGACUUCGGGCAGCCGCGGAGGUGGUCGAGUCCAUGAUCGGACCUAUCAAGGUGGAACAUCCCUUGGUGGAGAAAAAGAUCAAAGCCGAGCCUACACACGUCUCGACAACCGCAGGAUUGAAACAUAAGCUCGAUGAAGACGUUACGCAGCAGCCAGUACGAAACGUGCGUCAGGCACGAGAUGAGGACUACGAGGCGUCUGUCAUAGGAGCCAUUCUCAACGAGAUUGGCGAGCGUCCCAUCAGGCCCGGUCGAGGUGGUUUGAAUCCAUUCCUGCUGUACACGAAAGACUAUUGGCACAUAUGUAAAGCGGACUGCGACAAAGCACGGAAGGAGGCAACAGGUGACCCUACUGCAAAAGCUAGCAAGACUGAAGUCCGCAUCGCGUUGGGGCAGAUGUGGCGGAAUGCAAGCCCAGAUGUCAAGAAACCAUACCUGGACCAGACGCAGUCAGCUAGAGAGGAGGGCGCUGCGAAUGUCGCCGAGUACAACAAACGGGUGGUCGAUUGGGACCGUGAAGCGGCCAGGAUUAGGCGGGAGUACGUGCAGAACAACCCGCCGCCUGGGGCCGUGACUGGAGCAGAUACUGGCAAGACGGCUAUCGAGAAUGGUGGGACGCGAAAUAUGCGAAGGUAG